UCCGGGGUGGACGAAAAAAUGGUACGGACUGAUUUCGUCAGAGGAUUGUCAGAUUCUCGCUUGCGGAAAAAGAUCCGCAAGAAAUGCAACCCUAUAGAACAUACCCUGAUGGAGCUAAUUCAGUACGCAAUUAAGUAUGGGAAAGAAAAUUACGAUGUGGGCUUGGACUCAGAAUCUGACGAAGACGACCCUUCGGGUGUUCGACGCAAUAGCUAUUCCGCUACGACACGAAUGUUCGAAGAUCGCUUCGGGUUGGGUCCGACAAAAAUAGGCUCGGAUCGGAAAGCUUCUUCCUCUGCUUCGACCUCCUGUCGCUCUAGUCAAGCACAAGGAGGCCGGGGCGAGGAAGAAGUGUCCAUGAACGAGGUCACGGCCCAAUUAGUUACGGUAGUGGCCCCGUUGACGGAGUUUGUUCAAGGUUUGCAGCGGCAACGCAUAGCCGCCGCACAACGGCAACCGGCGGCUAUGGCCGCUGGGGCCCCUAUGAUAAGACCGGCCGUGGCCGGGGUUGUCCCGCCCCUACGCUGUUAUAAUUGUAAUCAGUCGGGCCACCUUGGGAAAGAUUGUCCGAAACCUCGAACUCAGAGUGGACCCGCGGGUCCCACCGGACCUUCCCAAAUCCCGCUGGCUGUUCCAACCGCUGCAAGACAGGGGAGGGUAGCCAUGGUAAUGGACACUGGAACGACGGAGAUGGUGACCCCUGCGGCCACCGAGAUCGGACCCAAUGAGUACAUGGCUGUUGCGAUGUUCGAACCUGGGACCAUUGGAGUGAUACGUCACGUCCAAAGGAUUACCGAGGAAAGCGACCUCGGGCCUUGGCGGCCGGGGUUCGAAGAUCUCACGGCCCCUAGCCCUGAGUACAAAGACGGUCACAUCGACGUGUUGGAUGCAUUGAAGGCUCUGGAUCUGCGGAUCCCCUACCACGUGGAACACAUUGAGUGGGUUUUGCAUGCAUUAAAAGAUGCGGGGUUUAAAGUGGCAUUGGAGAAAAGCGAGUUCUUCUUGUCGGAGAUCUCACUCUUGGGGUACAUCGUCACGGUCGAUGGACUAAAACCGGAUCCGAGGAAGGUGGCAGCAGUUCAAGAAGCCCCGGCGCCGGUCACACUCACCCAGGUUCGGGCUUUUCUAGGGCUGGCAUCCUAUUACCGACACUUCAUCAAGGGGUUCGCCGGUGUAGCGAAGCUCCUAACGAACCUGCUAAAGAAAGAGGAGCAGCUGAUCUGGACGCCGGAAUGCGAAGCGGCGUUUCAGGCGUUGAAGGAGGCUCUGACAUCUGCUCCUUUGUUGGCGCGUCCCGACCCGACAAGACCGUUUGCACUUUACACCGACUGGCAGCCGCAGGCGAUAUCUGCGGUGCUUACUCAGCACGGGGAGGACGAAAGGGAACACGUCAUUGAGUAUGCGUCCAACACGCUGAGCCAGGCGCAGGCUAAUUACGAAGCGGCCCUUAUCCUAUGCACGAGUUUUCUCGAGUAUCUGGUGGAGCUAACUGACGUGGAACCGCUGGCCUUCGCAGAUGAAGACGCGUGGGAGUUGCACCGUGCGCUGUACAAGUCGGUAACGUUGGGGAUGUUCCGAUUCUUCGUGGAUCAUGAAGACCACUGCAUCGGGGAGCACUUCGCCGUCUACUACGUCAUCACACGGCCCAAGCCGGCGCAGAAGGAGGGGACAGUGGCACUGUACCCAUUCGCCCAGCUCCAGACGAUCGAUCCGCGAUUGUUGGAACUCAUACAUCUUGAGCUCCUCUCCAUUGCGCAAGUGAUCGCGAACGAGGAAGAGGAGAUCCAGCCACGAUUGUGGACGGCGACGGCCCUGCGGAGAACGUACAACGAGGUCGUCAUCCCCGAUUACAUUGCGCAUCGCACGGAGAGGUUGGAGGACUUCCCGGAGGAAAAGCCGUUGCGGCCUCCCUCGUCGUAUCCCCGACCGGCGCCACCCAAGGCCCCCAGGAAGACGCCGAAGAGGAAGAGACACCACCCGUCACCAGGAGCGCAAGGCAGCAGAAUCGGUGGCGGCGCGGAGGUGAUUCAACCCGCGUGUACGCGGAAUCUUGACCCCGCGCCUGGGAGUGCGGCGACGCUCGUUAAGGCAAUUGUCGUGCCAUCGCCGCCCUUCCCGCGCGUGCCCGAUCUCAAUCUUGAUGGAGCCGGGCCAUCAGCAGCAUCAGCAGCCGGGGGAGGAAGCCGAAUGGGAAUACUUGAUCCCAUAUCCAGACCCCCCGUCCUCGCGGGACCUCUCCGCUCCCACCAGCCACCCUGGGAGGUGGAUUUCAUGGUGGAACCCACCACCAUCAGGCUCGAGGCCAUCGCGGGGGCGCCGCGCCCUGAUCCGGCGUGGGAGCCAUAUCUGACACCCCCUUUUCAAGGGUGUAUUGCGGCGCGACUGGCUGGGACGCUCAUCUACGAGACCAUGCAGCGUCCCAAUGUGAUGUACCACUUCCUUGUCUUCGCGGCGCAGAAGCGGGAGCGGUGGCCUUACACCGAGACUCAUGUGGUGAUGAAGGGUCCAGGGCCCCGAUCGGUGCGCAAGCGGGUGGUGCGAGCGGUGGCGGAUCAGGCGCCACGUGUCCUGUCUCAUGUGCCGCGGGCCUUCCUCUAUCCCUCAUUCGUCCAGCACCACUUCCAGGAGGAAGAUGCGCCGACGACUCCCGCGGCAAUGACCGCUUUUCUUCCACCUAUUCCGCCCCCUCUCAAUCCCGACAUCAAUCACUUCCUCUGAUCACCCUCGUCUACCUGUCCCCGCUUCUCUCCUUCUCCUUCUCUUCAUCAUCUUCUUCUCCUAUGCCCAAAGUUCGCACGUCGAGAUGCGCUGUAUAUUAAAAC